GCCCCGCGGCCAUCUUGGCGGCUGGAGGCGGCGCCGCGGGACGGAACGGAAGUGCCUGUGCAGCUUCCCGGAUCCGGAGCCGAGCUCUGGCGGCCGCCCUGCCCGCCAUCCUCCUUCCGCAGCCGUGAGGGAGACCGCGGCUCGGCUGCACCGGAGCUGCGAGUUACAGAAUGUCUGAAGGGGACAGUGUUGGAGACUCUGUCCAUGGGAAGCCCGCAGUGGUGUACAGAUUUUUCUCGCGGCUUGGACAGAUUUAUCAGUCCUGGCUGGACAAGUCUACCCCCUACACAGCUGUCCGGUGGGUCGUGACACUGGGCCUGAGUUUUGUCUACAUGAUUAGAGUUUACCUGUUACAAGGUUGGUACAUUGUGACCUACGCCUUGGGAAUUUACCACCUAAACCUUUUCAUAGCGUUCCUUUCUCCCAAAGUGGACCCUUCCUUGAUGGAAGACUCAGAUGAUGGCCCUUCAUUACCAACCAAACAAAAUGAGGAGUUUCGCCCCUUCAUUCGAAGGCUUCCAGAAUUCAAAUUUUGGCAUGCGGCUACAAAAGGCAUUCUUGUGGCUAUGAUCUGUACCUUCUUUGAGGCUUUCAACGUCCCCGUAUUCUGGCCGAUCCUGGUGAUGUACUUCAUCAUGCUUUUCUGUAUCACAAUGAAGAGGCAAAUAAAGCACAUGAUUAAAUACCGGUACAUACCAUUCACACACGGGAAGAGGAGAUACAAAGGGAAGGAGGACGUGGGCAAGACAUUUGCUAGUUAGAAGCUGGACUGACUGUCACACGGACUCAAGAACGGUUUUGAGCCAUUGUAACAAUGCCUUUUUCUUCACAUAAAGUAGUUGAUUAUGAGGAAGUUGAAUUUUCUUUUUAAGAGGAGCCUCAAUGAUUUGUAUCUGAAAUAUCAGGUUCUUGAAGAAACUGGCAUUUAAACCACAUUGCAUUGACUUCUUCUUCAGUGAUGCUCAGUGUUUGGAAUGGGCAGAUGGUAGUGAGCCAUGGGCUUGUUCAGUGUUUGGAAUGGAUGAUGGUAGUGAGCCAUGGGCUUGGGGGCCAGGUGGGUGGCAGCCCAAGAGCGGAAGGGAGGAUGGGAGUGCGGCCCUGCAGAGCUGCCUUCCUGACCCCGCUGAGGCCACUCCUCUGUGCCAGAGGGACAAGCCAGCCUGCUUCCUGCUGUGAGAAGGAAUGUGCUGCUUUGAGGGUGAUUUCACAGAGCUCUGUGGGGUUCUCAUGCCAGUGUCUGAAUCUCAUCUCACUAGAGAUGUUUCUCAAAUUGGCCUCUUACCAUAAUGACUCAAAACUCUGUUCUUAACUACCAUGAUUGCUUUUGAGGGCCUGGAAUUAUAAAUAUAUAUUAUAUUUUAAUUGUUUGAGACUAUUUUGACACUUCCUUUGAUACAUAACGUAUUUUGCUUUUGAUUAAUUUAAACUCGUUCUCAUGCAACAACCUCUUUACGGAAACAGAACGGGCCAGAGCGUACCAAGUCUGGGGUUUAUUGCAUGGCCUUUUUACUUUCUAUGGGGAAAACAGAAUCUACCACGUGUCAAACUUUUUGAUGUGAUAAAAAUAAUACUCUUUAAACAUUUUACUAAGUGACUUUUAAAUCCCAACUUUAUUAAAGAAAGUGUCCCUUG